AUGGGCAAUAACUGUGUUCAUGGAAAAAUUUCCAAGAAUGGCUUUUUCUACACAAUCUCACACUCACUCUGGCCCUCCGACAAAUCGCCGGACACGAUAUCCUACAAUGAGAAAUCCGGCGGCCCCACCGAAACUCACCCGCCGGAAAUAGUGAAAAUCGAGCCCCAGCCCGUCAAACUCGAGCCCAUUCCCUUACCAAAGGAGGAGUCCAAGCCCGAGCCAGAGGCCCGAACAAUCCCCACAUGGGAAGAAGCCAUCAAGAAAACCGAGGACAAAAAGCCCGGCCCAAACAAGCCCAUGAGGACACCCCACAAUGUAAAACGGGCAAUGAGUGCGGGCCUCCGGGCAGAUUCCAUCCUCCGGACCAAAACUGGGCACCUUAAAGAGCAUUUCAACCUCGGGCAGAAGCUCGGGCAUGGGCAGUUCGGGACCACAUUCCUCUGCACCGAGAAAAAAACCGGGAAAAAAUACGCCUGCAAGUCGAUCGCGAAAAGGAAGCUUCUAAAUCAGGAGGAUUUGGAGGAUGUUAGACGAGAAGUCGAGAUUAUGCACCACCUGUCAGGAAAUCCGAGCGUGGUCUCGAUUAAAGGGGCUUAUGAGGACAGCGUGGCAGUCCAUGUGGUGAUGGAGCUUUGUGCAGGUGGAGAGCUUUUCGAGAGGAUUGUUAAGAGAGGGCAUUAUACGGAGAAGAAGGCUGCUGAGCUGGCGAGGACUGUGGUGGGGGUUAUAGAGACGUGUCAUUCGUUGGGGGUGAUGCAUCGGGACUUGAAGCCGGAGAACUUCUUGUUUGUUGGGGAGGAGGAGGAUUCGCCCUUGAAGGCAAUCGAUUUCGGGCUUUCGGUUUUCUUCAAGCCCGGAGAAACUUUCUCAGAUAUUGUUGGGAGCCCUUACUAUGUAGCCCCUGAAGUCCUUUUAAAGAAUUAUGGACCAGAGGCCGACAUUUGGAGUGCAGGGGUCAUAAUCUUUAUUCUUCUCUCUGGUGUGCCUCCAUUUUGGGGUGAGAGCGAACAAGAAAUAUUCGAGGAGGUCUUACGUGGAGAUAUCGAUUUCACUUCAGACCCCUGGCCCACGAUUUCUGAAAGUGCCAAGGAUUUGGUGAAGAAGAUGCUCGAGCGCGACCCAAAUAAAAGGUUAACGGCUCACCAAGUAAUCGCCGAGAGUUUAUCAGAAGAAGAAAUUGCAGGGCUUAAAGAAAUGUUCAAGAUGAUCGACACCGACAAUAGUGGCUACAUUACUUUCGAAGAGCUCAAGGCCGGCUUUAAAAAAUACGGAUCCAAUCUCAAUGAAUCCGAAAUUCAUGACUUGAUGAAUGCUGCAGAUGUCGAUAAAAGUGGCACGAUUGACUAUGGCGAGUUCAUAGCAGCAACCCUGCACUUGAACAAGAUCGAAAAGGAAGAUCAUCUCUUUAGGGCAUUUUCGUACUUUGACAAGGAUAGUAGUGGAUACAUCACACAAGACGAGCUCCAAAAGGCUUGUCAAGAGUUUGGCAUCGAAGAUUCUCACUUGGAGGAAGUGAUUUGCGAAGCCGAUCAAGACAAUGAUGGGAGGAUAGACUAUAAUGAAUUUGUGGCCAUGAUGCAAAAAGGAAAUGGUGAUUUUGGUAAUAAGAGAUAUCAGAGUAAGUCUGAUGAUGGAUUCAGAGAGGCAAUGCCAAAUUUUGUUGAUACUCUGCCCCUACUAUUAAAUGUGUUGUUAUCAGGUGGCGGAGCCACCCAUGGACUAGGGUGGACUCCAGUCCUAGUUUCAAAGCCCUCUACUCUCAACCUGUUCUCUCAAGCCUCUGUGAACGGCGCAUCAUUCAUUCGGCGCCGGCGGCGAGGAAGCGAGAGAUGCGACUUGCGAGACCGGUGUGCGGGUGCGGCGAUUGUGAGGAUUGGAGGAAGCGAGACCUUCGAGGAUCGAGUGCCGUGCGGCAGUCGGCUAGUCAGCGGGAUUGAGAGCGACUCCGAGGUCAGGUAA